AAAACACAUUCAAAUUAACAACAACACACCAAAAGGGCGCCAUGGGUUUGCAGCAUUUUCACAUUUGUUCAACGAGUGAAGAUUUGAGACAAAACAACAGCGGUUUCAGUGAAUGGUUUUGCCUUUUCUUACGAUUAAUUAUUUGCAACAUGCUACCGCCUUACUAUAAAUACCAACACCAGUUGUUGAAGAUAUUCACAACUCAAAAGGGUAAACGUAGGACAGAGAAUCAGUUGAAGGAAAUCAAAGAAACGUUGACGGAAAAUGCCAAGUACUACUGUUGGUCAGGUCAUUCGCUGUAAAGCUGCGGUGGCAUGGGAAGCCGGAAAGCCACUGGUAAUAGAAGAAGUGGAGGUGGCACCUCCACAGGCAAUGGAGGUUCGCCUGAAGAUCCUGUUCACCUCCCUAUGCCAUACUGAUGUUUACUUCUGGGAAGCCAAGGGGCAGACACCUUUAUUCCCUCGUAUAUUUGGUCAUGAAGCAGGCGGGAUUGUUGAAAGUGUUGGUGAGGGUGUUACCGACCUCGAACCUGGUGACCAUGUCCUUCCUGUUUUCACAGGAGAGUGCAAGGAGUAUCGGCAUUGCAAGUCAGAGGAAAGCAACAUGUGUGAUCUCCUAAGGAUCAAUACUGACAGAGGGGUGAUGCUCCAUGAUGGUAAAUCAAGGUUCUCAAUCAAUGGACAGCCGAUCUACCAUUUUGUUGGGACUUCAACCUUCAGCGAAUACACUGUUGUUCAUGUUGGUUGUGUCGCCAAGAUUAAUCCUGCUGCUCCUCUUGACAAAGUUUGUGUUCUGAGCUGUGGAAUCUCAACAGGUCUCGGUGCCACAUUGAAUGUUGCAAAGCCUGGAAAAGGUUCAACAGUAGCAAUAUUUGGAUUGGGAGCCGUUGGCCUUGCUGCUGCUGAAGGGGCUAGAAUGGCAGGUGCCUCAAGGAUUAUUGGGGUUGAUUUAAAUUCCAAGAGAUUCAAUGAAGCCAAGAAAUUUGGAGUUACGGAGUUUGUGAAUCCAAAAGACCAUGGCAAACCUGUUCAGGAGGUGAUUGCUGAAAUGACUGGUGGUGGAGUUGAUCGAAGUGUCGAAUGCACUGGAAACAUCAAUGCUAUGAUAUCUGCAUACGAAUGUGUUCAUGAUGGAUGGGGUGUUGCAGUACUUGUUGGUGUGCCAAACAAAGAUGAUACCUUCAAAACACAUCCAAUGAAUGUCUUGAAUGAGAAAACACUUAAGGGUACCUUCUUUGGAAACUACAAGCCGCGCUCUGACCUUCCUCUGGUGGUGGAAAAAUACAUGAACAAGGAGCUUCAGUUGGAGAAAUUCAUCACCCAUGAAGUCCCUUUCUCAGAAAUUAACAAGGCCUUCGACUACAUGCUCCGUGGAGAUAGUCUUCGAUGCGUGAUCCGCAUGGAUGCAUAAAAUAGGAUCUAAUCUGUCAGUGUCAAAAGUCUAUCUCUGAAAGACAAAUUAAAAGAUAAAACGUCAUUGUUGUUGGAAAUAUUGUGAAAAAGAAAAAGUCUCAUUAUCUGGUUUGAGUCUUAAAUACUGUACAUAACAAAAUAAUGCUCAUGUUUCCAAGUCUAUAUAAAUAAAAUUGUUUGGUAUUUUUGUUAAAGUCUUUUGGUCUAUUUUUCUUCAUCUGAUUCUGCAGUGCCUUGAGAUCUAAAACCACUUGUUUAAUGAAUGUAAAUCCAGCGGUAGGGACUUGAGGCUUUUUCCUUUUGUUUUAGCUCAGUAGGAAGCUGUGGCUUUUGAUAUAUGAUUGCAUUGCCAUA